UUUAGUCAAGUUUUGUCAGAGAGUGUUUAUAGGUUAACACGUGUUUCAACUUGUUAUGUGAAAUAUUGUGAAACAAUGUAAAUUUGUAAAGCUCUCGACUAUUAACGAAUAGAAGAUUAGUGGUACCUAACGUAUUUUUUGUUGAUGUUUGUUCGUAUAUCUAUAGUUUCUUAGUGAGUUUUCAAAAAAUGUCUUCAGCUUCUCAAAGGUCUACACGAACGGUACGAACUCCUUCAUCAAUUCUCAAAAAGCCCAGGAGCAUCAAAAGUAGGCUAAGCGAACUACAUUCUACACCAAUCAAAGUUAGAUUUGUAUUACCGCAUUCGCAGAAAGUCAACUCUAUUCUUGAAGGGUACAUUCAGUCCAAGGUAUCCAGAGAUUAUGAAAAUCUGGUGUGCCUGCUGCGGGAUGCAGAAUUGACUGAUGAUGAUGUUUCCUCAAUUCUUACAGAAGCAACUGAAUGCAUAUCGAUCCUCAAUCAAAAUUUGAGGCUAUUUGUAGAAGCCUUACUAUCCAUACCUUGGACUGAUAAAAGUCCUAAAGUGGUUUCAGAGUAUCAGUCAUUUAUAGUUAAUUUAUUGUCGGCUCAUAACUACCAUGCUAAGAUGGUUGUUGAUAAGUUAGUGAAGUUAUUUUUACCAGAUCCAACUGAACCAGAUUGGCCUGAAGGAACCCCAUCAAAAAAGGAUCAAAAUAAAUUUGUGAAUAUUCAUGCUUUGAUUAAAUUAUUAUUAAAUGUUAUACCAAUGUGUAGAGAAAUAUUGAUGUCUUCAGUAACAAGCCAGUUUCCUUAUUAUAAUAAAUCAACCCAUAUGCAUGAGUAUUAUGUACAUAAUUUAUUAUGUAUUUUGGAAUAUCAACCCUGUUUCCGACCUGACAUCUUGAGUCUUUUGUUUUCCAAAUUGAUAAUCAUGGAUGUGAAUGCUCCAAGAGAAGAAAUUGAAAAAUUCCUCAAUGCCGACGAAGAAAUGUUCUCAAUGGACGAUGAUGCCAAGUCCGUUAAGACAUCAACAACAGCUUUCACUCAAGUCGACCGCCAUGCCUUAUCUCACGCUUUAGACAUUUGCUUGGAGAAAGUUUUCAAUUACUUCAAAUCCAAAUGCUACGAUAGUAACUCUGGUGAACCAAAUUGGGAACAAACCAAAAAACUAUACCACGACAUGAUUGUGAUUUUUGAAAAAAUCAUCCUACCUACUUAUGAUACUCACCACGUUCAGUUUAUAAUGUUUUUGUUGUGUUCUUACAAUAUUGCGGUGACAGAAGCUUUCUUGAAUUUCUUGUGGAAGAAAGUUUGUAACCCUAAUGUAGCCCCCGUCCUUCGUCAAGCAUCUGUGAAUUAUAUUGCCAGUUUACUAGCCAGAGCAAAUUUUAUACCAUUGACAAUGGUAAAAGGUACUCUGUAUUGUUUUUCUUGAGAGUUUGAACAUGGCGAAGAUGGUUACAAGCAGGUUGAACCCUUUGAGGGUUUGUCAGCCAGCAGUCGUACAGAAUUUUGCAGCUAUUACUAGGAAGUAUCAGUUGGCUUACUGCUAUACAGUGAUAGAUCACAAUUCAAGAAAUGUAUUGCCAACAAUAUAUCAAAGUGCCAACGGAACUGUUGUCAUGUCCAAUAACAUUUUAGAUGGUUAUUAUCCAUUUGAUCCGUUUGUUUUGGAAAGGUCUGGUAAAAAAAUUCACCCAUCCUACCGGGAUUACGAAGAAACAGAAAGCAACAGGGAAACGGAGCAGUCGGAAGCUGCUGAAGUAGAUGACUUUCUUUUUGGUCAUGAGGUCUCAAGUCCGCCUAAGAGUAGAUCCCAUAAGUUUUCAUAUGGCAGUUCACCCGGCUUCAAAUUCAAAAUAUGAAUAUUUAGUGUGUUGGUCUUCAUUUUUGGUAAAUAGCUUGAUGCGUUUUAGAGGUUGUUUCUGAAAGAAUUUUUCUUAUUCUUUGCAUGUUUUGCUGGGUUUAUCAUUUUGCUAUUGAUUAUAUGCGCUCUAUCAUUUUUCCUUAGUUGUCCAAUUAUCAUUCUUUAUUUUGCCUAGAUUUUUUCUGUAUUGCUGGUUUCCUAACUAGUGUUUCAGAACUGAUCUCUCAAAAUAUUUGAACUAUUUGACAACAUUGUUGACACACACUGAAGUGUUUUGAAAUGAAAUCUGUGAUUAUGUACAUGUGAAGAGAUAUUUUAUAUCUUGGAUUUAUUUAAUGUAUUAUUGAUUUGGUUAAUAAAAACGUCAAACAAUA